AUGUCAGAACCACCACUUCCUAGUGGUCGUAGGCAACUUUUAUUUGAAAAAUAUCGACCUUUUUUAACAACACCAUUUUUCUUCGGAUUUUCGGCACAUGUACUAACGCCAAAAAGUUUUCCUCGGCUAUUGGGUUCUCAAGUUGAAUUACCAUUAACGAAUGCACUUUGGUGUGGAUCUCAUGUUGGCAUUACAAUAUAUUUAUAUACUUCAAAACACUUGCGAAGCAUUCAUACAUUUGAACGUUUAUUAUACAGUAUUUAUGGUUCGGUAAUGUUCAAUUUUGGAACAGUUUUAGUCAUGACAAUUGUUCGAUCAAUUUUUCCUGAUAAAAAAGUUCUUCGUUUAGGCAUUGGUUUAUCACUAAGUGGAGUUAUAUUAUUGGUUGGACAAAAAUAUGUUCACUACAUUGAUGAAGUUUUUGACGCAGUUCGAUUUAGAACAGCAAAAUGA